AUGGAGCCGAAACUACUAUCAUCACUGACCAUGCUCCACUCAAAGCACUGCUGUACAGGACAGACUUGUCAAGCGCAAAUUCAGUACGCUGAACUAUUUCAAGUCGGCACAUUCUCUGUCAAUGAGUGUCAGCACAGCAGAUUUGCGACUUCUGUCUCUCAAUUAUCCACCCGCUGCCGAAGCCGAUCUUUCCGAUGUCGUCAGACGACAGCUGCCGGCGAGCUUAACGACAACAACGUAGCUCACCGCCUCAUUUCCACAGAUGAGAACGGUUACUUCCACGAAUUGACACAAUUACGAAACGGCUUGCCACCAAGUUAUGCCAUUUUGAGUGGCGACGUUAAGUUCAACGCUGCUGGAUCGCGAGUCAUAUCGGCUGGUAGUGACGACGUCAGUGACCAACCUCCUGCGAAGCGUAGGCACAUUGCCAAGAAGAAAAUAUUGCCCGAUGAAGAAGCCAUACAUUACCGCCAUAUUGCCACACGCAAGUUACAAGCGAAACAUAUUCUUUUCGGCAACUUCUGA